GGUUUACAUUCACUUCAGUGAAUUCUUCGCAGUUCAAUGGUUUGAGUGAAGUGUGAACAAGAGCCCUGCCCCCAUUGGGUUCCUAAAAAGUAGAUAUAAAAGGUUCCUCUGGGGUAUUUGAAAAGUUCAGGCUGCCUUUGUGAUAAUUGAAUCCAGAAUGUGAUCAGUUUAAAUUUGAACAUGAUAGCAUACACCUGUAAGUAAGCCUGCAGGAGUCACAGAAGUUAGGUUCAACAGAGCUGCAACUCCAGCUUGCAAGUCUAUUCCUGCUUUGUAUUCCUUGUAUUUAUAGAUUUUUCUGCCAAUUCCAUAAAGUUAUGCAAUCAUCUUGGUUUUUCAUGUGCCUUUUCAUUUUCACUUGUUUCACUCAAUGCCACAUUGUAAUGAUGGUCUCUACAGAGUACUCCAAAAUGAAAGGUAGACAGGUUUAAUUUUCGGACAAAAAAAUCUGGUACAAAUGAGGACCAUGACUACAUCACCACUGGAGCUGUUUGUCCAAGCCAAAAAUGACAUCGGGAAGAUGGUGUCAGAGGUUGAGGAGUAUGUUGUUGAUUGUAUGAGUUUUUUGAUUGAGCUUCCAAAGGAGAAAGGAAUUGUUACAGAAACUCAAGUCAAAGCAUUAAAUCAGUACAAGAUACAGAUUCAUGGGAUUAGGGAGGUCCUUGCUCGAGACAAUAUGAAAGUGGCAUUCUUUGGCAGGACAAGUAAUGGAAAGAGCACAGUCAUCAAUGCUAUGCUCCAUGCAAACAUCCUACCAAGUGGUAUUGGCCAUACUACAAACUGUUUUUGCCAGGUUGUUGGGACAGAUUCUGAAGAAGCCUUCCUGUUGACAGAAGAAUCAAAGGAAAAGCAUAGUGUUGAGUCGGUCAGCCAACUGGCUCAUGCAUUGUGCCAUGAGAGACUCAGUGAGAAAGCCUUGGUGGAGAUUCAUUGGCCAAAAAAGAAGUGUCCUUUGCUCCGCCACGAAGUUGUUCUGGUUGAUAGUCCUGGCAUUGAUGUGUCCACCAACACAGAUGAAUGGAUUGAUCGUCAUUGUCUAGAUGCUGAUGUCUUUGUUCUUGUCAACAACUCUGAAUCUAUACUUAUGGUCACUGAGAAGAACUUCUUCCAUAAAGUAUCUUCCAAGUUAUCCCGACCGAAUAUCUUCAUCCUGAACAAUAGAUGGGAUGCUGCAGCUCUUGAUCCUCGCAGUGCUGAAGUGCACCAGCAGCACAUGGAGCACAAUCGCAAGUUUCUUGUUGAAGAAUUGGGUAUUUGCAACCGUGAAGAAGCAGAUAAUCGAAUUUUCUUUGUCUCAGCCAAGGAGGCACUUUAUGCUCGCUUGCAGGAGCAAGGGGGUCUUCCACCUCACACUGGAGCCAUAGAGCUAGAGGGCUUUGCAAAUCGUUACUUUGAAUUCCAAGAUUUUGAGAAGGCCUUUGCAGAGUGUCUGUCAACAUCGGCAGUGAAAACAAAAUUUGAACAACAUGUUGUGAGAGGGAAAUCCAUCAUCACUGAUAUUGCAUCAGAGAUGGGGAAAAUUCAGGAGCGAGCACAUCAUGAGAAGUCAAAGCUCAUGAUGCAGAGGCAGGAAUUGGUCAGCAAACUGGACUAUGUCAGCCAUCAACUUAAGCUUAUCACAAGUGAUGAGAAAGAUCAAAUUUGCCACACAGUGGAGGAUGUUGAAAGAAAGGUAUCAAUGGCUCUAAAUGAAGAGAUUCGUCGUCUUCAUCAACUAGUUGAGGAGUUCACAGCUGACUUUCUUCCAAAUCACAUUGUGAUAACUGCAUAUAAAAGAAAUCUGAAUGCACAUUUGGAUAAGGGACUUGGAAGUAACAUGCGGGCCCGACUCUCUGAUGCGAUUGCCUCCAUUGUGGAUAGUGCCAAGACCACUAUGACAAAUCGAAUCAAGGAGCUCCUACCAGAGGAGAAGCAGCAUCUGGUGAUAGCAAGGCGGCAGGACCACUUCGAGAUGUUUUAUAGGCUCAACUGUGACAACUUGUGUGAAGACUUCAAGGAAGACAUCGAAUUCCGAUUCUCACUGGGGCUCGCAGCCUUGAUGCAUCGCUUUCUGGGAAAUAAGCAAGCAUCAAGGCUCACCAUUUUUGGUCAUAGUGAGCCUGUCCCUCGACCUGUGCUGCUCACACCUGGGACUCCUAGCAAUGAGUUCUUACCCCCAAGUAGUGACUGGGCCUUUGCUGCCAAGUUUCUUACAGCAGCUGUCUCUGGUCAAGGCAUCACUGGGAUUGUUGCCUUCACCACCAUUGUAGGACUGAAGCUGGGAUGGAAAAUUCUUGCUGCAAUUGGAUCAGUGUACGGAGGGAUAUACUUAUAUGAGCGAUUGACAUACACCAACAAGGCCAAGGAGCGAAGGUUCAAGAAACAAUAUGUGGCUCAUGCCACAAAAAAACUUCGACUCAUUGUAGAUCUGACAUCUGCCAACUGCAGUCAUCAAGUUCAGCAGGAACUCUCAGGCAAGUUUGCUCGAUUGGCUCACCUUGUGGAUGACCAUAUGGAUGAGAUGAGAGAGGGGGCAUCCCAGCAGGAGGCACAGAUAAAGGAUCUGGACAAAAUCUUGGAAUCCUCGCGUAUCCAUCGCAACAGUGCCAACUACUGGUUCAACCUUUUCAGCAUCUUUGAGCGCAAAUAUCUACAAAUUGAUGAAAGCUGAAUCGAAGCCUGUACAAGGCAGACUAGCCUAAUGUAGACUUGGAACUUGUUCAGCUUGUCAGCAGAAGAAAGAUGCAGUCCACUUUCAAGACUUUGGGUGAUUUCUUAGAUGUGAUAGGAAGCAGUUUUUGAUCCAGUUUUGCUUUUCUUUCUGUAAUGAUAUCAAUAGAUGAAAUAUUCUUGCCAUACUUAAUUUUUUAAAAGGGAUGAAAUUUUUCUUGUCAUGGAAGUAGAAUUUCCUUUCAUACCACCAAAUUUAAAUCCUUGAGCAGCUAUAUGCAUGAUAAAUUGGAGCUGCAAUCUCAGUUGUUCUGUGCAUUUCCCCUUCAUCCCCAAUGAAUUCUCAAGCUCUUAAUCAGAGAUCACCCAUGGUAGCAAUGCCUUAACAUUUCAUUACAUUGAUGAGAUAACAUGGAUGGAAUUGUACAAUCGGCUUCUGUGGCAC